AUGUCUUCAAUAGGCUACCGAGGCUUACUCUAUAGAGUUAGCCAAGAGCUUAUCGAUUUAAAAAAGAUAAAUCAGAUUCUCUACGCUUCUAGCAGUGAAGGAUUAAUCUCUGAGAACAGUGAAUCAUUCAACGUCCAGGUGAAUCCAGGUGACAACACUGCCGUAACCGUAAUGAAGCUCUUUUCAGAUUUGGAAGAAGGUGACAAUCUUGGACUUGAUAAUCUCGAGAUACUGAGAGAUCUUUUAAAGGGAGUAAAAGAAUGGUCUCUUGUCGACGAAGUUGAUAAAUUCGAGAGACAAAGAAAAGAUUUCAACACUCUUUUAGAGGCAAUUAUUCUUAAACUCGACGAGCUCGACAACUUGGAUCAACUAUUGUCACUGUGCGAGGAUCACAUCUCAGACGAUGCUAAAGACGACAUAAAAGACGUUCGUUCACUGGUUAAAGAACUACAGAGAAAGAACCGCCUGGGUGUUGCGCGACUUACGGUUCUGAGGAAGAUCUUAAACGAGACAGGACAGCAGGAACUAUUAGAUUUGUUAGCAGAGUUUGAGAAGAAGUGGAAAGAGGAGGAAAAGGCAGAGAGAAGGAAAGGUACGAUUCUUCCCGGCCAGAAUACAAAUACUUUUACAUGAUAUAUUGUUCUUUAAGCUAUGAUCAAUUUAUUAACACACACCCAUUGAAUGUGUUGCAUAGCAAAUACAGCUCAUCCUUCUUUACUCUUACAGUCCCUGCAAUUAAUUCAUUAAACAGCCAAGGUUCUGAAUCGGGUGGGUUUGCAUAUAUAAUAAGGCGGACUAUGCGUAUUAAAAGUGUACUUAUUUAUGCCUAGUUUAAUGAGAGUCCCAUGUCGUAAAAUGCGCAAAUGAAUGACAGCUUUCGUAAACAUAAAAUGUUGGUGUAAAAUUUAGAUAUCUUCAGUUAUUUUCGGAAACAAAUGUUACAGUGCUCAAUAGUGCGACGGGUAAAGGAACCAGACCAUAUCAUGGAUGCGUGACCAGACGCUAACCCGUAUGCAAAUCACACACCGAGCUCACGCAAGCGUUAAAAAAUCAUCGGACGCUUUAUAGGAUACAAAAAUGUUGUACAGCUGGUUUAAAAUUUUAAUACACUUAUUUCCCCAACAUUUCGCUUUUCAUUUCACUUCGCUUUUAGAGAAAACUCCCAAAUGCAGCGAAGUCAGUGAAAAUACUGAUUCGACUGCAAGUUUAAUUUUUAAAUCAUUCUCCCCAUCCGAUGGUUUAGUUUCUCCCAGAUCAGCAGUGUCCGUAUCAUACAAUUUGGGAUGGGGAUUGUUUGUAGUUUGAUAUCUUUCUGAUCAAAAAACCCUGUCUAUGAUAGAAAGAUGUCUGUAACGAUAGUUACGACCGUAUUUAGGUGGAUAAUCUGAUAAGCUGUCUCAUAUCGUAUUUGGUGAUCCUUGGAUGCAUAUAUUUCAAGGGUCUUUUAGAGAACAUUACAUUAUAUUUAACUGAAUAAAAUAAUUCAGUUCAUUCCUGAUCUUUUGGUUCCUGAUUUUUAGAUCGGGCAAGUGAUGUUGUGAACGCGAUGAUAGUAGGUAAGUGUUCCGAACUAGCCUGAGUGCAGAGCAAUUUGGCGUGUAUACUACUACCCCCUGAAUGGGAUGCGAGACCAUGCAGCGGCAUGUCAUCUGUACCAAUUAUACACUUGAACCUGUUUGUUCAAAAUGCGGAUAGCACUAGCCAAAGGAUAAAUCACUAUCCAGUAUUAGAAAUUGUGCUUUGGGUACAAUAUGUUGUUGUUAUUGUACAGGCAAUUGAGUUAUCCAGUGGAUAGAGAUUUAUCGGUGGAUCCAGCUUUUUUGACAAACCGAGCCCUGGUCUCAUUUGGUCAAAGGGUGGAUGUGCUAUCCUCUAGAUAAAUCUCUAUCCAUAGAGUUAAUAACGCAAUUAUUUUUUGAGACACUUAUACAGCGGAUAGUGAUUUAUUUAUUGGAUGUUACAUUCCAACUUUCGAACAAUUGGGGUCUGACAGGUGAAGACAGACGUAGCGGAGCAUAGUAGGAUCAUAGUUUUUGCUUCGGCCUCUGUAAGCUGGAUAUUUUCCCGCCGAAACAAGACCCCUAAGAGUGACUCCUUGACACUUUCGUUUCAUAUUUCGUUUAUACUGCAAGCACUUUUCAUCUGAAGAGAAUCUGUAAGUAGACGUAGUUUCAAUAAUUUAUCUUCUUUGCAACUAAAAGAAUCAGCGAUAUUAAGACCCUACUCAGAACAUUUCUCGCUCAUCGCAUGGGUUGACCUUUGUCUUUAGAUGAAUUACCCUGCGCGGCAGGCGCUUGGAGGAUUUGGAUGCGACAGAGAACGGGGCGCGCCACGGAGACACUCCUAGAUUAGCAUGCAUUUUAUUGCUUCUUUGUUGAGUUGUUAGUUGCUUCUUUUUGUUUUAAAAUUUCAGCUCCUACUACGGCCGUGUGCUCGACAGUUAAACGGACUUGGGAACAAUUAAUUGGAGGUAACUAAUAUUAUCAAAUAGAGCAUCUGUGUGCAUUGCCAAGCCAAGUGGCGUAAUUUAUUCUUUAUAUUUAGAUAUUCAUAGUUCCGCAUAUUUUUUGUUAUAGCCUAUAACAAAAAAUAGAACUAAAGUUAUUCUAUAGCAAGGCGCAAUAAAGCGAAAUUUCCCACUAAGCUGUUUUCUUUUUUUAUAAAUCUAUUGAUUCCAACAGCUGUAAAGAUACUCUGUAAAUUUUCUACGGUAAGUGGAAUAUCUGUGGCAGUUGGGACGGGAAUUAUCCUCCAACAAGGCGCCCGAGCUACACUCAGAGAAUUUGUUGAUGCUUUCAAAGAGGCAGUCCUUCCAGCAGCGACAAAUCUACGGACAUUGAGUGAGAGUUCACUGUGCUUGACAGUACAAGCAGAGAAUAAGCAGGGUCUUAAGGCAUUAUGGGAGCGAUAUCAAGAUGGCACAUUGCAGAGAAAUCUGCAACAGUUUCUUGUGACGGAUGACAUCAGACAGCUGGCCGGUGGAGAGGAAGUAAUUCUAAGUGCUUACAUUGAUGAGCAAGAUUACAAUAGCGCUUGGUUGAGUAUUUUGAUUGCUGAACAACAAGGUGAAUAAAUUAUGAUGCGCAAUGUUACUUGUAUAAAAACAACGACUAAAGGGCAACUCUUGAAACCUUUGGGCGGAGAUGGGGGCUCGAAGUAGGGGCGGGAGUUGGAUGACGCUAGGACGUUGGGCCUAGCCACUCGUUUGUUUUUUGGAAAACUAUUGGUAUAAUAUACUGGCAAUGGGUUGUUAUGGUUUCGAAAUAUAACGUCAGUUUUGAAAGGAUGCGAAAAACAUUAAAUUAUAACACAUUUUAUAAUUUAAGAGUAAAAAGCUACACACUUUCAUUAUCAUAAAGCUACUAUUUGUUUCUCAGUCUUACAAGAGGAAAAUCAAGAAAUUUUACCAAAGAGAGCUAGACGGAACUCCGAUUCCUCUCUACACGCAACAAGAUCAAACGAAAAGUUAGUUGUUAUAACACAAAGAGAACAGAUCAAGCUUUAUCAAGAAAGAAUAAAAGCAUUGGAAGAAGAAAUCGAGAAAAUGAGAGCACAGGGUAAGCAGCGAAGUAAACUCUAGAAUCUAAAUAAAUUAAACUUACAACUGGAGGAGAUCAGUAACAGUAUAUCAUAACGAAUUUACGCCAUUGAUUUUUGAAGACAAUCGCCAUGUCCAUUAACAAGGUAAUGGAGUAAAAUGCACUCAGCUGCUAAAAUGACCAUAGGGAUGUAGCUGUCCUUGGGUACGACUACUCAGGGUACGAAGAGCAUAAAAUGCCCAAGCAUGAAAAUCUGAGCUGGUAACAAUCUUCGAAUCUUAGCCUGCGUAGCAUGGCGGUUUUGGUUGGGCGCGCAAACUAAUUAAGGCUGGCGAGGGGGCACUUUGCGCGCGUUUUUGCGGUUUCGCCGCUCACUAGUUCUCCUGACAAAACUGCCAAACUACACAGGCUAUUGAAUCUUUGAAUAAAAGAAUGUGGUUUUUAGGCUUGGUUUGCUUCAACAUGUACACUUUCGCUCAUAAACGUGGUUCCGUGUAAAGCAUGACAAAGUUGAAGCAUAAACAAAACCUGGAUCGGACCCGCUCGGAUCAAACGCCUGUAUUCCACUAAAUGACUUAGGGGUUAGUGACAGUGUUUCAGGGGUUGAUCUCAUCCGGUCGAUUCAUGUUUCGUCAACGUUCACAAAAUCGAUCCAUAGUGGAUACUGUCAGUCUGAAAACUACAUGACACGUUCCCCUUUCAACGCUCUAAAUUAAUCAUGUACCGUAUUUUCCUCUUUAAUGUAUCAUGCAUCUUUUGGGACGUGUUAAUUUAAAACGAAAAGAUGGCGUAAUAUUGAGGAUCGGAGAGAAUCCGGUACGGAAGCUAAAGCUCUGCUGUGCGCUACAAGAAUCCCAGUAGAAAGGCAUCGGCAUACACUUAAGUCGAUAAACAGCCAUUACUUAUUCGGCAAAUUCGGUGUAGUUUUCUUAAAUAUUUGUUGUCACGUUUUGGCAAUGAUUCUUUAAAUAACAACUUUGAAUUUAAGAAUGAUCCAAGUCCGUUCUGUGCUUUAUUGGAUCUAUUGGCUUUAUGUCGAGGGCAAACAUUUGGUUAUUUCACUGACUUCUUGAUUUGUUCCUUUAUGACCAUAGUGGAUAAAUAUGCGUCAUCAUGGAGGCAAGAAAUAAAGAGUCAAAAAGGCUCAGGACUGAAGAGAUUCAGACCUUCCUCAGAUUGGCAGAUUGAAGAAUUUAAAGGUACGUGGGACUGUAAAGAAGAAAGUGACUUGCCAACGGAGAGUUUUUGUCAACUAGUUUUCCUAAAAAAAUUGUGACGGAAGCCAGUCUUUUUGUUAUAAACAUAGGGGUAACUUAUAAUGACCCAACCAACUGCCUGGAAGAAGGCUACCACCCAAAUCCACCUUGACCUCAAAGGUAAAGUUUCCGGCUAAUUGCGAGCCAAGUCGGGGUCAUCCGGCCGGAGCUUAUCGUGGUUUCCGAAGUACUAAGUGAAGCGACUCGUAAUAUUUCUAUUCCCCCCUGGACUUCAUGCCAGACAAUCGGAGGGCUUACCCCCAACAUUAAAUUCGCAGGUACCUAUCUAUACACUAGGCCACGGUAGUUCAAACAUUGGAUAACGCUAACCACCAGAUAAAUCAUUACCAUGCAGACAAGCAUUAAGGAAACCAAUUGUGCUAUCCAGUAAAUAGAGAUUUAUACGUACAGUGGGUAGCGUUAUCGAUUUUUCGAACAACUGGGCCCUAGGCAAGAACACAGUACACUAACCAUUUAGCCACCUGCCUCCCAUCGUAGGUUGUCAACAAUAGGGAGUUUACGCAACGAUGACGGCGGCGGCAAAGAGAACGGCAAAAAAGGCAAUAGUUUUAGACAUGACAAGCAAAACAACAACUUUGCACGUGCAUCACGCUUUUUUGUGCAUUUCCCUGCCGUCGCUGCACGACUACAACGUGAAACUGUUUAAUUUCGGGUGUUGUCGAAGACGGGAACAAAAGACAACAACUUUCGCAACUUGGGUAUUUUUUGGGCGGGUAUGUGCCGCCCGGGACUCCAAACUGGCACCCCGUUCUAAAAGCAAAUUCCCCUAAAAUUGAUAUCCCGUUCUAGAAAUGGGCCAAUUUUUUAUACUCCGUUCUAGAAAGUUUGUAAAUUGAAAUAACCUUUUUUUUAUAAAAUGAUAUUUCUUUAUUUGUUCGACUUAUACAUCAAAUAAAUGCUUCUUCAUAAUCAGCAACAAUUUUAAGCAGAAGAUGAAGCCGUGAUCCACAAUUUUUUAUACCACGUUCUAGAAAACGCCUCUGAAAUGGAUACCCCGUUCUAAAUCAGGAGCUCCAAAAUCACGACCCCGUUGGGCGGCACAUACCCGUAUAGGUAAUGUAUGGGAGUUUCCCCCGGGCUUAGAACUUGCUUCUAUCUGAAAAUAGUUCGAAAUUCUAUUACUAAAAGGCCAAGACAACCUUCAAACACAACAGUUUCAAAUAUCAAUUUAUACAAAAGUUAAUAAUUACUUUAACUCUUGGACUAAAUUUCCACUUAAUAACCGUAAACCGUCAAAAGCUCUGAAAUGUAACCUUCAACUGUCAAAACCGGAGAAAACUAACAGUGUACUGUCAAUGCUACAUGUACCACCCCAUUGAGAGCGUCUACGAAAGUAACAAGAGGUACGAAGAGAUACAUUAGUUCUGUCAAAUAUGAAGUAAAGAAAACAACAACAACAAAAAAGACAAAUGACUCAUUCAAAUACAAAGUACUCGUAAAAUUACCUGCAUUCAACCAAUCGCUGACCCAAGCACUUACAAUAAGCGACUGAACUAUGAUCCGCGCAUAACUCCUAGGACCCGGGGGGUACUCCCUUUGAUGGCCUAUACGGGAAGGCUCCGCCAGAAAGGGGUACCUUUUUCAGGCUUCAGGGGUGUGAAAGGGUGGGGAUUUCACUUAUUGAAGCAUGUGAAAGGGUAGGGAAAUCUGUCAUUUGGGUCUGUAAGAGGCCCAAAAGGGUUAACAAAUGAAUUUUAUGGCCUUAAAAAGUCGAGAAAACGUUUUAUUUUUGUGAUUGAUUCGUAUUUGAAAGACAGUGCGUUUACAGCAGUUAAAAGGGAUGCAAAGUUCUAAACAAGGUAUUGUGAAAGGAGUACCAUUUGUCAAUAGAAGGUAUACGAAAGGGGUACCUUUUUCGCGAAAAAUGGUUUAUAAAAGGGUAAGGAGUUGGACCUCGGUGCGGAACAUUUGUUGAGUACCCACCCUGGUUCUAGGAUUACAUUUAAGAAAUGUUAAAACAGUUAUUGAAACAUUGGUUAUUCAUAAUAUUACAGACUCUGAAAGGUCUACAAAAAGGCGUCGUAGAAACUCUGAUUCCCAAUUAUACUGUAAGUCAAAAGAUGAGGAAAUCAGCGAAAGAGACAAAGAGCAGGAUCCAUUUCUUGCAGAAGAGAAAUAUUCUUUCGUUCAGAGAUAUCUUGAGCAAGUCCAUGACACGCGCAGUGCGGUAACAUCUACAGGUGAAAGUGGAUUCGUUACAGAAGGAACAGCAACUGAAGUAGGUCAUUUGGAGGACGUAGCUGGUAAGUAACGUUAAAGCAAUUAUGAAGUAUUAGGUUAGCCUGCGUAGCAAGCUUUUCCAGUCGAGUUAUUGCCCGAACUUUCUCGACGAACUCGCGCGGAAACACUUGCUACGCGGGCUUGUUACAUUUAUUGGGUAAACGAAUGUAGAUACCGUAAAUAACUGAUCUAACAUCAUUGUUUUGUGAUCGAUCGGUUUGUUGAGUUUAGUAUCACUGUAGAUAUUUUGUUGUUAAAUAACACGAAUUCAACGGCUAUCACUUACUUUAAAACUGUAAAAAUACUGUUUCAGUUUUACCAACUGCAAAACAAUAUUCUCAUGCACACAAGAUGAAAUUUUAUUUUUUUCCAUCCCGUCCCCCCGCUACCGGCAAGAGUUACCUCAAAUGAUCUCAAAUAAUCAGCAUAACGCUUAUUCUUAAAAUCACAAUCAAAUUUACAAUAAGCCCAUCAUGCCUUAUUCGGGUAGAAGUUCUUGCAAACCUCUUCGAAGUUGCUUUGUCUUUCCCAGACUUGGCUUCAUAACAAAAGGUUUGAGUGUACAGACGGAUCUUUGCUUUCUUGAAGCUCAGCUCAUUUGGCUGCUUCACUGUGUAACUAUCUCCUAAUUUUGUAUAAACAUUCUGCCAAGUUUAAAGUGCCUCUCUUAUUGUUAUCCCUACAUCACUGUGCCUUUUUUUUAUUUUAAAUGAUUUAUUAAUAAUGUUUUUCAGAUCCUACGCCCAGAUUGUCACAUGUGAACGAAAGAGUUAUUUCUGAGAUACGAGAAAGACUUAACAGGGACCGUGAUGCUUUCAAACGUGUCCUACAAUCGUUUGGGAUCACCAAAAACCCAUUACCUUUGAGGAAUUUUUCUAGUAUUUUUCAAUUGUUCCCAGACACCCCAGUGACGAUGCUGAAAGACGUAUUUGAGGCAUUACAGCUGUAUGACCUCCUAGAAUUCCUAGAAUUGAAAUCGGCGAUAGAACCACACAGUUCACUUCAGCUAGCAUACACAUUAGAUGAGAUUAAGAAACGGAAUGGAGUGGCUGAUCUUCCUACAACUUACCACAGUUGUGGAGCUGUUCUCAUCAUUACCGACGACGAAAAUGUUUCUAGUGCAUCAGCAAUCAAAACCUUUUUUACUGAUCUUGAUAAUAAGAGUGAUGUAACUGAAAUACUGACAAAGGACAUCCCGACUUUGAGGCAUUUAAACGAGGAAAUCAAUGUAAUGAUACUGGAAAUCGGAAAUUUAUUGAAGGGGGAAAGACAGGGGCUUACUGAAACGUCCCUUUCUCCUUCUUUAUGGACGUUGAAGUUCGCUUUAAACGAGUUAAGGCCGGGGAUCCGACUAGGAGGAAGUCGUGUUCAGGACGUUUUUUUAAGGUUAAUGCAAUCAAUGAAUGGCAUAGUGAGCUUUGUCAGAAUGAAGCUGAGACUAGUAACUGAUGAAUUAAAAAGUUCUUUACAAUCGACGAUUGUCACUGCAGAGAGGAUCCAAGCAAAUCUUACAAAGCUAAUCCAAAAUCCUGAAUGGUUUGUCAUAGAAGACGAAAAGGAGAAAAAGAACUUUCAAGAGAACGUAUCAGCUGUUAUCAACAGAUGGAUUCAUCGUCAUGGUUAGUAUGAAAAGUUUGGUAUCCGCAUAACUGGUGGUCAGUGGGACACCGGCAACGGCAACACCAGAGGCUAUACCCGACCCUUUAACUGCUUAUAAACCGGUGAGACGGAGCCUGGAAGAAAAAGCGAUUGAAAAUAUCAUUAGGUUUGCUUUUAAACCCAAAACUCCACAUUUAAGAGCACUGCAAAAAGUGGUAAUCAUGCAUUAAAAGAUUGUAGUUUCAGCCGCUGACUGUUUUCCUUCGCGGGACUGAAAAAACGCGCACGUAUCCUUAAUGGUCUACAGUUAUCCGAGUAAACGAAGUUUUAAUUUCCACGGCAAGAAAAGCGGCACUUUUGCCACUGAGAAAACGAAGAAGGUGCAAUUUACCUGCAUUUUCUAAGAUUCACCCAGCGGAAAAUCCUUCUUUUUCCAAAAGUUUUCACUCCCCUUAAUUCGAGUAUUCGUUCCAUUAUCCAUGUGAAUGUCUUGUUUUCCGGUAUUUACACUGAGUUUUCACACGGAAAAACCUCGAGUUCACCGCAGUUAACGAGUGAAAUUCUGCCUUUUGCGGACGUUUUCCUGUGUUGUACGAAACGGUGAAUGCGGCUGAAUCCUGGAAAAACGCAUGUAUUCCAGCGUUCUCCGAUCGCUUACCGCUAGGAGAACUGCGCAUUAUUACGACUUUUGCAAGCAGUUUUCUUACGUUUUCCUUCAUUUGCCGUGACAGUGAAACUUGGGCCUCUGGGAAAUGGUCUGUUUAUUUUGUAAGUUUAUGCUCAUUAUUUUCUGGUCUAUAAAUACAUGUAAUAAUUAUGUUUAUUUGCAGAUGACUACUCCUUCUUUGCAGUGUUCCAUUUUCCUUCUGACCCUUAUUACCGGCCUAUGCCUGAGGCCAUACUGAGUGAGCUGAUGUCUGCAAUUACUAACAAACUUAAGUUUGUUGUUUGUCCCAGCGACAUAUCCGCCUCUCUGUAUGAUGUUCUUUCGGGUCCGGAAACCCUUCUGGUUGCUUUAUACUAUUGGGAUCCGGCACUAACAAAUGUGAAAAUGGUGACGGAGAUCCUUAACAAGCGUUGGCAGACCCUCGAUGUGACAUCCAUGAUUUCAGAGCUUCAUAGGUCCUAUUUGGAGUUCGUGGUAACGAAAGACACUUUGUCAUCUGUCCAUCGUUUUAAGCGAAAAGAAGGCGCCAGCUUGUCAUAAAAGAAUUGGAAUAUCUAUGAUUAAUUCCAAGUUAACAAACAACACAUCACUGACUUCCUAAGGAGGGUAACCUUGGUAAUGGUGCUUAUUUUAAAACUCGCUUUUUUCUUUUCGUUUUGUUGUUGCCGUUUGCUUCUCACUUUUCGUUAAACUUGGUCAAAAAUAUAUCUCGUAAACUUAUUUCGAUGCCUUUUGAUUUCAGUAAAGGUAUUUAUUUGGCAGUUGUCACAUUUUGUGAAGCAGAAGUGCUUAGCAGUGGUUUUCAAAUGCGCACGGAAAUAUAGCUCUUGCUAGCAAAUUAUUCCACAGUUUAGAUGAUAAAUAUUGAAAUAUUGGUGCUUGAAACUGAACGUUAACUGUAAAUGUGUGAAUAAAAAUAAACUUAAAC